AUGCUUGAAACGAUUGAAAAUUCCAGGUUUAACAUGAUGCCCCAACUGAAUGGUCUGGUUUUGGGUGCACAGCAAAGGUCAGUGCCAAGACACCUUUCAUUUAGGCCGCCAACGUUUCGUUCAUCCAAAGAUAUCAUUUUGGGUACUCAUGCGAUUUUUGGUAUGACUGCAUGUGUUUGCAUAUUCUUGGAACCAAUUGUCGGUCUACUGCGUCCUGCCAAGACUCACAAGACCAGACCCGUGUUUUAUUAUGUGCAUUUUCUGUUGGGCUAUGGCGCUUGGUGCUGUGCAGGUACGUGUAAAAAUUCAUACGUGCAUCUCAUUGCUAAACAUUUCUCAUCUGGAUCAACCUUUGAGGCAUCUUCAUCUCUGUGGAUGGUUACGAUUAGUCCGUUCAGGUUCGACCUGCAGCCCAGUGGAUGGUAUGGAAUGGCGCCUCGUGGUCUCAUGAUCUUCUAUUGGUCGUUCCUCAUCCUUGCCAUAGCAGUCAUGAACGCAGAUCUCAAAGUUGCGCUAAGGAAGAAACAAAUGAACAAACCGUCAUAUGCCAUGUCAGAUUUGAGUGUCGUCCCUCCUCCAGAGAGCGAUAUCGUCCUGCCGAUGAUAAACGUAUUUAUGCUUGCAUUUGCCACGUCAUAA